AUCAACGCCAUGGCUACGGCAGCUCAUCUAUCAACUGCACCUGUGCUAUCUACCCCGGACUCACACGUCUUUGAAGUUCCGGUCCCUACGGUGGACUCAUCGUUGCCGUAUUUGACUGAUAAUGAACUGCACGUGCGCUACGAGAUAGAUCGCACGAUCAAGGAGAUUCGCGACGGACAAUGGAAGCGCAUAGCUCUACAGUUUCCAGAUGAAAUGCUUGGCGAUGGAGUUAGAGUGUACAGGCUCUUGAAACGUGGGCUAGCACACGCACGACAGCAAAAUUUCACAGAAGACCAAGCACCUGCAGCCGCGGCCGUACAAUCGGAACCCAUAGAGCAAGACGUCGCGAAGCUGAAUCUAAGCGAUAAAGGAUCUACUCACGACUCGGAAGGUUCGAGCGAAGAACUGAGCAUCUUAGCAGAUACGUCUUAUGGUUCAUGCUGCGUGGACGAGAUUGCUGCUGAGCAUGUUGAGGCUGAGGUUGUCAUCCACUAUGGCAGGUCGUGUCUUUCACCAACAGCGAGACUACCUGUCAUUCACGUGUUCACUACGCGCAAUCUUGACUUCAAGCUGGUUGCCGAAGCGUUCAAGAACACCUAUCCGGAUAAGACAGGAAAAGUCAUACUCAUGGGUGACCUGCCGUACCACAGUCACCUUUCAGGUCUGCUUGAGAUUCUGAGAUCCGAAGGCUAUGAAAAUAUCCUGGCGCCAGAGGUUACGCACAAUCCAGCAUCAAUGCUCCCAAAUCGUCGUCUACCAGCAUCUAUUAGUGAUGAAGUUCGAUUCCUUAAGGAGCAUGCCCUCUUUCAUAUUGGACAACCCCCGCCAGCUUUGUUGCUUACACUCACGUCUCGCGUUGCUUCUAUCCAUAUCUACUCCGGAGAUGACGACCCAACAGCUCAUGCUGCAGUCACAAGUCCAUUGCUACGUCGGCGAUAUGCACUACUUACCUCGCUUAGUACCGCUUCUGUCUUUGGUAUCUUAAUAAAUACACUUUCUGUUAAAAAUUACAUGCACGUUGUGUCACAUGUUCAAAAGCUGAUCUCAGCCGCCGGUAAGAAGAGUUAUACAUUUGUCGUCGGCAAGGUCAAUCCAGCAAAGGUAGCAAACUUUGCCGAGAUCGGAGGAUGGGUUGUUAUAGGUUGUUGGGAGAGUAGUCUAAUUGAGAGUCGAGAUUUUUAUAAGCCGCUAAUUACACCAUUUGAGCUUGAGCUCGCUCUCAUGAGCGAUCGAACCAGGCAAUGGAACGGGGACUGGAGAAGCGAUUUCGAUACGAUAUUGGGCGAUGAGCUAGCGGCCAGCCACACUGUGCAAGGAAAAGAAGGGGUUGAAAUCGUGGACAGAGAGGGUGAUGAAGAUGAAUCGGCUCCACCUGAAUACGAUCUUCGAACAGGACGUUACGUCUCUCAUAGCCGGCCAAUGCACGCCACAAAGGGCAAUGCGCGUAGGCCUCUGGAUGGUGACAAGACCGAUUCACAUGAGGUUUCACAGUCAUUGAUGAAACGAGGUAAUGGUGAACUUGCUCGAAUUGGCGGGAUCAUAUCUCCAGGGGCAGAAUAUCUUCGUUCAAUGAAGACAUGGCGAGGACUUGGGAGUGAUUAUGAAAUACACUACGAUAAUACUGGUGCAAUUGUUGAGGAAGGUCAGACCGGAAUUGCAAAGGGAUAUAUUCAUGAAAGCAGAAACAGCAGUUAAAAAGAUUAGAUUUACAUCAAAUUUUAUCUUUUAGAUAAACUUCACCAUCCUUAGCAGGGAAGAAAUUCG